AUGGAGGAGUCGCUUGAAGCGCAGGCCUGUGGCAGGUUCUGCGUGCGGGACGUGCCCACCAAAGAGCUCUCCUUGCGCCAGCAGGUCCUCGCCGCCACCGCCGGCGGCAUCGCCACUGCCCUCUUCGUUACGCCGUUCGAUGUGGUGAAGACGAGGCUGCAGGCGCAGUUCGAUCCACUCAGCAGCCAGGCACAACCGCGCGCAACGGGGUCCGUGGACGCGUUCGUCAAGAUCGUGCGGGUGGAAGGCGUGCGUGCGCUGUGGCGCGGGCUCACGGCCGCACUCGUGCUGACCGUGCCUGCCAAUUCCCUGUACUUUAUGCUCUACGAUCGAACAAAGACUCGAUUCGACCGAUCGUUUCCUGCCCUUGCCCCCGUCUUCGCAGGCUUGUUUGCCCGAACGGUGACCGUGUGUUUCACAGCGCCACUGGAGCUCAUGCGCACCUACGUACAGUCACAUGGCAAGUCUGCGCAUAUGCAGAAAGGUAUCACACAGAUCAUGCUAGAGCUGGUGAGGAGUCGAGGAAUUGUACAUUUGUGGACGGGGCUGGCUCCAACGCUGUGGCGAGAUGUUCCCUUCUCUAUCAUUUACUGGAGUUCGUAUGAGUACAUCAAGCAUGCCAUUCAACCAGGCGACAAGCGAGGGUUCCUCGUCAAUUUUGUAUCGGGUGCCGGUGCGGGCUGCCUCGCCGCAAGCUUCACCACCCCCAUCGACGUUGUGAAGACCCGACGACAGAUGUCGAUUGGCGCCGCUGCCACCGACACUCCCCACUACCCGCCAUCGUCAAGAGCGAUCCUGCGGGCCAUUGUGGAGGAGGAAGGGAUGCGGGGCCUAGUCAAGGGCAUCGUGCCACGUACCGCCAAGGUGGCACCCGCCUGCGCCCUCAUGAUCGCCAGCUACGAGUUCUUCAAGCAGCUCUUCCUCGAACCUCCACCAUGA